CUGAUCAUAUGAGAGGCCCAGAGAGUUCGGCAGCCAUCAGUGCCCCUCGUUAGCCUUUCUUUACCCCCCCCUAAAAAAGAAGGUACAUCUAUAGACUUUUCGGGCCACGGUGCGGGAGAGCGGUGGCGAGACACAGUUCGUGAAAUAGCAGAAGCGCUUUCUGAGCUUUCACUGAUUUGGUUGGUGAGUUAGAAUUUGAGAUCAAGCAUCAUGAAUUCUGGUAUAUUCAACAAGCAUCGCUGUUUGUAUCCGGACAAAAAUGGAGUAUUAAAGUGGAGCAUACAAGCACGGAUGCAAUAGACCUGAACAAUGAAGGCUGCAAUGAUACACAAUGAUACAAGAGGAUCAGCAGGUAUUCAAUCACAGAAUCAGCAGCAAUAAUUAUCUGAGACAUCAUCGAUGAUAACACAACAUUUUAUUCUUCUUUUCUGUCUACAGGUGGAGGUCAGAGGUCAGAUUUAGCUCAUUUGGGUGCAGGUCAACUCACUGUAGGAUCCAGGUGUAUAAAAUCAUAGAAAUCCCCUGAAACAGUGUUACUCAUACCUGUCUGUGUACAAUCAUUAACUGAAUAGUUUCUUAUAUAAAGGUAGCACAUUGUUACAGAUAUUUGCUGUGUGUAACUGAUUAUAGCCUAUGUGAACAAUCACACCACCCUGAUUGUGUCAGUAUUUUGAGCUAAAUGCUAAUGUGCCUUUCUGAUUUUCACCUAGUUUAAUGAUGAUGAUACAAAACUCUGAACAAAUGGACAUUUUGACCCGAUGAUGGCGCUAGAGGUCACAACAAUUCAUUUAGGAAUCAAUAUCAGUGCAAAGUUAGAAUAACUAUAAUAUGAAUGUGAUCAAUGGUGACAUGUUUUAGUCUGGAGAACCAACUGUCUGUCUAGUUUCCUAUUAUGCAAAUCCUGCCAGGAGCAACACCACCUUCUGGUAUAAAGAUGUCCAGCUACGUGUUUACAUGCACAUAUUACAGUAAAUCUCACAGUGAUAAAAUGAUUUAUGACCCGGAGACCUUGUAUACCAUUGUACUCAUACUAAAACUUCCAUUUCAGCCUUAUCUUUAUCGUGUUCUUAAUUAAGCCACACUAACAAAUCAUUAUUUUGGGGCACAGAAUAUUUUCACAAAAUACAGACACCCCGCUCAUGUGUUUCAAACAUGUUCUUGAAAGUGCUUUAUAAAAGCUGCGUUUCCCUUUAUUUAUUUGAGUAACUACCAAACACGUCGUACGAUGAUAACUGAGAGGAUAACUGGCCUGCCACGGUCGAGUUAGAUGUGUCCUAUUAAUAGGCCUGGCUCACGCUCCAAAUGUCCAGCUGUAACCAAACUCCACCCGUCAAGUCACGUCCUCUCCCUGCUCCCCCUCCUGCAGUGCCACUGCUGCCAGGUCAGGGGCACUCUGGUCUGUGCCUCCCUCCGAGCCAGACGGACGGCAGGACGGGCAGACCCCCCCCCCCACCCGACCUCGCACAUUAUGGAUGUUCUGCACAUCCCACCCUUGGAAGAGGAAGGGGAGGCUAUGGAGGUGGAAAGCCAAGGAAAUGGGGAGCAGGAAGAGGGAGGAAAGGAAGCUUCGUCCCCGAUGGGUUCCGCCACAGACGAGGAAACGGACGAGGACUCCGAACCGGAGCCCCCACCGGUCAUUCGGAGGAAGGUGUCCUUCGCAGAUGCGUUCGGCCUAAACCUGGUAUCGGUCAAGGAGUUCGACAAUCCCGAAGUGGCGGAGUCAGAAGUCAACCGGCACACCAAAAACGAGGCCACCCAUCACCCGGAGGAGUUCUACGUGUCCUGUCUCUUCACGGUCCCCUCGUCCCCAGAGGAGCUAGAACAGAGGCUGCGAGAGCAGAUGGUUGAGCUCGAAAGCAUCGAGCUCCUGCCGGGAACCACCACGCUCCGCGGCACCGUCAGGGUGGUCAACCUCUGCUACACCAAAUCCGUUUAUGCCCGGAUGUCCCUGGACCGCUGGACAAGCUUCUUUGACCUGUCAGCGGAGUACGUGCCUGGAUCUAGUGAUUGGAAAACCGACAGGUUUACCUUCCAGCACACUCUGGUGCCUCCUUUUGAAAGGGAGGGGACCAGAGUGGAGAUAUGUCUGCGCUAUGAGACUUCAGUGGGCACCUUUUGGGCUAAUUGCAAGGAGAUGAACUAUGUGCUGUUCUGCCACCAGAAGGGACACGUGAAGGAGCAUGAGGUUCAGGUCCAGGAGGAGAGCAUCGGCUGCAACAGCAAGAGGAGCUGUCUCAAAGCCAACAGGAGGGGAUGUGCAGAGGAAAAGACCAGGAAGAGCAGUAUCAGAUCAACAGCUGUUGCAGACGGCACACUUACAGCAGAGGAGGCUAACGGGCAGAGCAGCUCGGAUGUACAGUCAUUACUUUACUGGGAAGAGCACACACCUUUGGUGGAAAGCAUAAAAAGCAGAAACAGAGCAGAGCGAAUGGCACGUGUGCAGGGCUACCUCUCCCAAAGGGGGCAGCAUGUAGCAAAGGCUCAUUCCCACGACUCAGCCAAUGGCCAGAAGGUUUCUCAGCCUUUGUCAACUCUGUGGGGCCACUCCUCAGGCUUCUUUCACAAACAGCAAAGGAAACACUCUGCAGAGAGUCCACAGGUGCUCACCUACCACCAGAUUCCUCUGCUCACUCUGGACUGGAACAGUGACAAAGCCCGUAAGUUGGGGGCUGCUGACAGGGAUGACAUCCGGACUGGAGGAGCUAAAAUGAACUCGGCAAAAGCGCCGCCGGAAAAAAUGGCGGACACACAUCCCGUCAGUGACGCGACGGGGAUCUUUCGCAACGGUGCAGAUGAUACCUUCGAUAAAAAAAGCUCUGUGUGCAAUGUAUGGCAGGCGUUUGUUAACGGGCUGAGCUGUGCGGACCAGUCGGGUGUUCCAGAGUCGGAAUGGCUGCAGACCGCAGCGUUAGUGUCUCCCUCAAAUGAAAAAGGGCCCAAUGCCCGAUGUGCAGCGAGCAGUCACGAGCAUGAAUGUCCGGUGGGCACAGAUGCGCCCGCCACCUCGCACGCACACACCUCAGAUUCAUGUCAGCCGCUGUCAGAUACUCGCCAAAUAGCAACGGCCGAUGUCGGCGUGAACAGCGAAGACCACCGUCCGGCGGAGGCUUGUGUCGGCACCCCGAGGGAUGACACACAAGAUGCAUCCCAAAGGUCACAGACAAGCAGCGUAACAGACACUCCCCGGGAAUUCUGCGUCCAGGCGGCGACGCCUGUGUCCGAGGGCCGCGCUGACAGUUCAGCUGAGUGUCACGAGCGUGCGAUGAGGGAGCGAGAAAGAGAAGCAAGGGCAGAAGGAAUGGGAAGAGAUGGGCCCUCGGCACCGCGCGCGGCUGACUUUGUAACAAGCUCGGGGGAGUCGGGGGCAACAGACACGACGGCAACGCCAGAGUCUGAGAAUGCCACCGCGGCCGAUAAGAUCUGGCGGGGAGCGCGGCCGGAUGAGGGUUUUUCUCCGUGUAGGGACGGGGAGGUUAGAGGUGCCGCGCACAAUGCGAUGGAUGACACCCUGGCAUUUAGGGGGACAAUCCGAAGGGAGACAGGGGACGGGGAGAGGUUUGUCUUUUCUGCAUCCAGACAAGGAAUGGAGGAGUGGAGUGUGGAAAACAGAGGAGCUGCAGAUGAGGAGAUAUUUAGGCCACGGAAGACAGCGGAGUGCAAAAGCUCCCAGAGGUGUGCAGAGGAAAAGCAACAAGAGGAAUUCAGGCUGAAUCAAAACAGGGAAGAUCCGUUACAGGCAAAGGAGAGGGGAAAAAAGGAAAUAAGAGUUGCAAAGACAAAUGCAGAUGAAUCUAAUUCCAGCCAAACGUACGUCGGCCAAAGCCAAGUUAUGGCUGGGGAAUUCAUAUUGGAGGAAUCAGAGAGGCAAGAUGUUGCAUCAAGUAACAAAGACGUCGAAGUAUCCAAAAAGACAGAGGUGGAAGCUUGCUCUUGUACAGCAAUCAAUGAAAUAAAGACACUAACUGGUGUAGAAGAGGGAAUUAUUCAGGGGUUAAAUGAGGAACAUCAACGUAAUUCAUCAUGGAAGACGGGAAAUACGUCAAUAAUUUUGGGAGUACAUAAUAAACAGACAACGGAGCACCUAACAGUGACACAAAUGCAGGGAAAUGCACUGGAAUCUGAAACAGAUGAACAGGCUUUAGUCUCAAAUCAGACUGAGGAAGGAAAAUAUUUAAGUUACGAGGGAAUAAUUGCAAAGCAACUGGGAAUAAACCGAGCGCCACCGUGGAGACACGCGGUGGAAUCAAAGGAAAUUAAAAAGGUCUUUCAAGGUGACCAUGAUACAUUCAGACAUUCUCUAACAGAUAAAUGCAGCCAAAAGCCAGUGGAGGUGAGAUGGACUCAUUCACAGGACGAUACGAAGGGUCCCAACCAGGAUGGAGGCCGUGAAACGACCCCAGAAGAAGCAAAUUCGGAGACGAAUGUUGCAAAGAAAGACACUUCGACGGAGCCUGAACACCGACCUGAGACAUUAAAAAGAAGAAAAGAAGAUUUGAGUCGGAGAGACAGGGAUGAUAGCGCGAGUAUUGGAAAGCUGAAAAUAGAAGUACCGGGGGAGUUGAUGGGAAAUGCGGAGAUUGCUCGGGGGGAGACGGAGAAUGCAGCAGCUGAAUUGAAAGGACAUGAGAUGUCAGCAGAAGUUGAGAGCUCUUCACGUGUUGAAUAUAAAAAAUUGUCAGCGGGAACAAAAGACCCUAUUACAGCAGAAAGCGCCGCGGCCCUUGAGGCGAGAGAGUCUGGAUGGGAGGAGGUGUUCAUCGAAAGAUUUGGAGACGAUUUGGUCAGGAGGAUUUGGGGGGAGGCGUUCUGUCGGAAAGAACGGGCCGCUAAUAGAGACACAGAUAUUGUUGAUGGGAUGAGGGGGGAGCUGGCAGAUAUACCUGAUAUUGCACAAGAUUGCCGUCAUCCAUUUGAGAAAGACUUCAACGAUGCAUUUGAGUCAGGUGCCCUUUCCUUAACGCAUCUGCCCGCGGAUCAAAAUGUAAGUCAAGGCCUAGAGCCGACUCUAGCCACUAAGGGAAAUGCAUACCCGCCCGACGAGACACGUUCGUCACUCACCACAACGGCGGAACAAACUCGCUUCCUCUCAGCACCUCAGACAGAUUUGAAUUCAAGAGCUAAUCUCUGUGGAGAUUUCGGCCCCGUUUCAGCUGUUGGGAGCAGCCCGUCAUUGACUGAAACAGGCCGACCAAUAGAGGACUUGUCGGCCGCCCACGUGGAGGAUUUUAAUCCAUCGCCCCACGCAUCUCACAAACACCUGAGCUCCGCCUCCGACAUGCUAAAAGAGACCCAUGGCGUUCCGUGGAGGAGCGUGUUAUACGCCCUCGGUCAAGUCACCAGACUUCUAAUCUGCAUCCUCUUAGUUGCUGGGUUCUCCCUCAUCGUUUUCCUGUCCGAUUUCCAAGCGUUCUUCGCGCUCUACGUGGUUUCAUCGUGCUGGUGGUUUUAUGAGUGGAAGCGACAUCGGGUGAUGAAAAGCAGAGGGAUGGUGGCAUAGGCAGAGAGUCUACAGGGAGGGAGCGCUGUCGGAAAAAGCCGCUGCGGGUAGAAUUUUCCAACAUCAGUGCAUCACUCACCUGAUAGCCGUCAUGCAUUCUAUUCAUUCGGGCCGGUGUGCCAUUGUGAAAAUGAUUGGAAGCUACAGAAAUGGAUGCAAUCAAACAAAAUUAUACCCCACAGCAUUAGAUGUGUGUUUGGUUGUGUGUUUUUCGGUUUGGGUGUUUCUUUGGGUGCAGUGGUUCCCAGCAUUUUUUAACUAAACCAAGCAAUUCCUGCUCGUGACCGAUUGUUACUUGUUGCAAGUCUACAGAUUAUUGCCAGUUCAUCCAAAACAUGAUUUAGAAAAACACAAUUUGAUGUAGUAGAAAUUAUUUUUACUAUCAUGUACAUCUUGUUCCUUUGAAUAUUACUUGUGACCAUGAUGGUGGUCCCAACCAAUCAACAAGGAAACUUUUCUUUUUAAAGCUUGAUUAUUAAUUUAAUAAUAAUAAUUAAUGAAUAGAUGUACUUUCUGUUGAAUGUGUACUUCAUGCUGAUUUGUUUUCACAAUUGUGUGUAUAAUAUGUGUGUAUAUUUGCAGUGUUUUAUGGGCACAAUAUCACUUUACAAUGCACCAAAUGGAAAUAAGUAAGUAUGUGUUUGAUUAUUAUACACAAAGGGUGUCUGCAAUAGUUGGGCAUCAGAUAUUUGAUGUUUAUCUUUCCGUGCUUUUCUUCAUUAAAUGAAAAAAAAAACA